AUGCAGCGGGCCCUGCCUUCUUUGCUGCCCUCCUCUCGUUUUUCUGCAGCAAUGAAAUCCCUUUCUUCUCCUCGUUUUGUUUCUGCAAGCAACAACGCUAAGAAUGAGUGCCCAUUCCAAGUGUUAGGACUCUCCCCCGACGCCUCUACUGCAGCCUUGCGUCUUCGAUAUCUCCAACUUGCAAAACAACUUCACCCCGAUGCCGGUUCUUCUGAAGGCGGUUCAAGGGCCCGUGAUUUCAUUGAAGUGAGAAGGGCGUAUGAAAAGGCAAUGCAGAUAAAGAAGCAGAUGCGGUGUCUAGAUAGCUUAAACGAAGGUCAUGUGGUCUACUCUUCUCCACCUCAAGGGCACUCUAGUCAUGCACAGGAAGCGAUUAAACGAAGAGAGUGGAAAAAGCAGCAAAAGGACAGCGCCACCUUCUGGGCUAAUCAACACAGUCAGAGACAACGCACAGUUGAAGGGGGACAGGCCGCUGCCUACCAGAAAGAAAUGUUUGCUCUCUUUCAAAGCAGAGUUGCAGCGGAGGAGAUAAACACCGAAACGCAUAAACCCGGGAAUCAACAACAAAAGGAGGCUGCUACUCAGUGGGAGGGAGCAGCACGCGACAAUGCGGUGGCAGCAGCAGCAGAGGCAUGGAAAGAGCAUGAAAAGGAAAUGCGGGAUUUCGGCUUAAGUACAGAGAGCAGCAGCUGCAUGGGUGAAGGCUUUUACAAGAGGCGUGCGAGAGACGUGUCUAAAUCAAGCGGGUGGAUAUCGCGAGAAGAUAAUACCUCGCAAAAGAGAAGAAAACGCUGGAGCCGAGCUGCAGUUGCUGCUGCGGGGUUUGUUGUGGGAGCAGCAGUCACAGCGACGGUUUAUAACGGAGGAAUAAAUAAGGCGUAA